UCAUAUGUUACCAGUAAUGCUCCAGGCGAUUGUUUAGCCGCUAGCAGCCCGUCGGACUCUAUGCCUCCAAUUCCUAUGCUUUCAGUCCCACUACCAACGUCAUUCAGCUGCCUAAGUUCGUCUGAGGUGUCCAAAUCUCGAAGCACUUCCUCUAUUACCAACCGAGAUACAGGUCAGAUGCAUCUUGGCGUUAGAACAGUGCAAGUCAGUCCUAAUGGAAUUCAUCUAGCCGUUGGCGACCGUGAAGGCAAUAUUCGCCCAUAA